CGUCGGUGGCUGGGGCGGCUGAGGCAGCUGAGGUGGCUGAGGUGGCCGCUAAGGCGCGGCCGGGAUGGCGAAGAGCCCUGGAGAGAAUGGGCCGUGCUCGCCCGCGGCCGGAGGAAGCCUGUCAGGGACCCGGGAGAGCCUGUCCCCGGGCCCAGACGCGGUAGCCUCCGAUGAGCUCAGUUCUCUCGGCUCGGACUCGGAGGCCAACGGUUUCGCCGAGCGCCGCAUCGACAAGUUCGGCUUCAUAGUGGGCUCGCAGGGCGCCGAGGGCGCGCUGGAGGAAGUCCCCCUGGAGGUGCUGAGGCAGAGGGAGUCCAAGUGGCUGGACAUGCUCAACAACUGGGACAAGUGGAUGGCCAAGAAGCACAAAAAGAUCCGUCUGCGGUGCCAGAAGGGUAUCCCACCUUCUCUGCGGGGCCGUGCUUGGCAGUACCUGUCAGGAGGCAAGGUGAAGCUACAGCAGAACCCUGGGAAGUUUGAUGAGCUGGAUAUGUCCCCUGGGGACGCCAAGUGGCUGGACGUGAUUGAGCGUGACCUGCACCGGCAGUUCCCUUUCCAUGAGAUGUUUGUGUCCCGGGGGGGCCAUGGCCAGCAGGACCUAUUCCGUGUGCUGAAGGCCUACACGCUGUACCGACCUGAGGAAGGCUACUGCCAGGCCCAGGCACCCAUUGCUGCUGUUCUUCUCAUGCACAUGCCUGCUGAGCAAGCGUUCUGGUGCUUGGUGCAGAUCUGUGAGAAGUACCUGCCUGGCUACUACAGUGAGAAACUGGAGGCAAUCCAGCUGGAUGGGGAGAUCCUCUUCUCACUGCUGCAGAAGGUGUCGCCCGUGGCCCACAAGCACCUCAGCCGGCAGAAGAUUGACCCUCUGCUCUACAUGACAGAGUGGUUCAUGUGUGCGUUUGCCCGCACCCUGCCCUGGAGCUCUGUGCUGCGGGUCUGGGACAUGUUCUUCUGCGAAGGAGUCAAGAUCAUCUUCCGGGUGGGGUUGGUGCUGCUGAAGCAAGCGCUGGGCUCCCCGGAGAAGCUCAAGGCCUGCCAGGGCCAGUAUGAGACUAUCGAGCGGCUGCGAAGCCUCAGUCCCAAGAUCAUGCAGGAAGCCUUUCUGGUCCAGGAGGUGGUGGAGUUGCCAGUGACAGAGCGCCAGAUUGAGCGUGAGCACCUCAUCCAGCUACGGCGCUGGCAGGAGACCCGGGGUGAACUGCAGUGCCGCCCCCCGCCUAGGCUGCAUGGUGCCAAGGCCAUCCUGGAGGCGGAGCCAGGCCCCCGACCCACUCUGCAACCUUCACCGUCUAUCCGCCUGCCCCCAGAUGCCCUGGUCCCUGGCUCCAAAGGCAAACCAAAGCCAUCCAAGCAGAUUCAGAAGGAGCAGAAGGAGCAGCAGAAUCAGGAGACGGCGAUUAGGCAGCUGGACAAGACCCCAGUGCCAACUCAAGCCAAGGUGGCAGCUGCUGCAGGAGACGCAUGUCCCCCACAGGAUGUGCCCCUGAAGGACCCAGUCCACCCAGCCCCAGCCCCUCGGGACCCAGCUCCCCUGGAUUCAGCCCACCACCGCUCCCAGGAGAGUCUGACGUCACAGGAGAGUGAAGACACCUACUUGUAACCCUGGCAUCUCAGGCCUCCAGGGCGGGGUCUCCACACACCUCCAUGGUUCAUGGACUGACACUCCAGGGCCUGCCCACCCUCUGAGGGCUCAGCUGCCUAACCACUGGGUACAGAGAGUCUGGCUGGCCCAGCACAGAUUCUGCCUGAGACUCCUUAUUUAUUUUUUCCAGAGUGGAGCUCAGGCCACCCCAGCUGGGGCAGGCAGAAGUGAGGGCCUCCUCCUAGGGGGAGUCCUCUUGUUCCCCUGGACUGGGGCACUGACAUUAAGGGAGUGGGUGGGGUGUUCUUUGUGUAAAAUACAAACAUGGGUUUUUUGUACAGAAAUAAACAGGCUUGUGUAGA